AUGUGCCACGGACAUCCGCAUAUCCACGGCUGUGGCCACCAAUCCAUGACUUGGCAUUACUGCCCGUCAGCCCUGAUCGACCUUGAGACGGGGUACGAGACAGCGUGCUCCAAUGUCACCUUUGCUGCUCCCCAGCCAUCCAAUGCCGCCUGUGUGCUGAUCAAUUGCGAUUACCGCAGUGGGGGCACAGGGUGGACGUGCUGCAACUGCGGAGGGCGUAACACGAGCGGGUGGUGCAAGAACAUGUCGCCCAAUCCCAAAUGGGAGAAGAACACGAUCACCAACGAAUGGGAAUGGAUCGAGACCUGUGACCACGGGUGUUGUCGGAAUUGUGCCAAAGACUGUACGUCCUGA